AUGCCUUUGGGCACGUCGAUAUCUGAUACAAACGGAUUGGUCAUUGCAUCGAGAACAACAUCAGCAUCAAACAACAAAACGUAUCCGGUGUUGAAUUUAAUAUCAACUGAUAAUCCUAGCUCAUUCGUAGGCGGUGUUUCAGCUACAAGUGCGGAUUUAUUCAAUAUCAAUUGGAAUGACAAGCCAUCCGUGGGUUUUACGUCGCAAACGCAUAUAUUUUGUUUCAAUAUUGGAAAUUUACAGCCGUACAAGAGUGGUUUCCCUCAUACAUACAUCCUGGCUACCUUAGCGGAUGUGUUUUGUAUAAAUCCUUCCGGAUCGUCUCCUACACCGUCAAGUGGUUGUCUUUACCUUGACUGCUCCUCUCACACUAACUUUGGUAAUGUUUAUAUCAUAGCAUCUAACGCACUCAAUGAUGGAACUGCUAACUAUGAUAUGCCGAUUUUCAUGGAAUUAUCAAAUGCAACGCCCAUUGGUUUUGGAUUGCAACUGACCAACGCAACAAAUGCAACCUCGACAAAUAGCGCAUACUUUGGGACUACAACUACCAAUGUUUUGGUUAUGAUGACUGCAAACACACGAAGACUAACAAUAACCUCGGCUGGUAGAGUUGGUAUCGGGACUGGUUCUCCCGCAGCCUUUUUGCACGUAUCAGGAUCAAACUCAUACACAGUUGGUGUUGGUGGAACAUCAAAUUGUUAUCAAUACAACGUGCAAGGAAAUAUUCGGAGCAAUCUUGGUUUAGGCCCAGUCAGUAUUACAGUGUCUGCCAUCUUUUCAUCUUCAAUAUUUUGCUCGCAAUCUAUUUACACAAGCUCUGACAGACGACUCAAAGAGAAUAUUACGCCAAUCUCAAUUACAUUGGAGCAUUAUGAUCAGUUAGAGCCAGUUAUCUACUCAUGGAAAGAAGAAAGCAAGCCUAAGCUUGUAUAUCAAUAUACUCUUGAUUACUCUCAACUUGGCGCAUUGAAUGCUGCUGCUAUCAAACUUCUAAUUAAUGAACUUAAUGAGUUAGAAAAAAAUUACGCAAACAACGUUCCGUUUAGAUAA